AUCACGAACAGUAUAUUUGAAAGAAAAGAAAUUUAAAUUUAAAAUAAAAUGUAGCAAAAUUUCAGAAAAGAGGAAAAUUAGACAAAUCGAAGAGUUAUUAUACCAGAAUUUGAACUUAGGGAGGCGACGAACAAAGGGGCGGAACUCGUCAGAUCCCCAGGUAUGGAGGGAGGGGCCAUUGGAGAGGUCGUGGAUCUCUCUAGUUCAAACCUAAUCUGCCUCCAACAUUUUCAUCUUCUUCCUGCAACCGUGGCUGGGUUUCCAGGAUUGUGAGGGUCGGAACUCGACGCCAGUGGUGAGGGAAAGAACUCGACCCUGAUAUGAGGGAAUUAAUUAUAUGUAUGUAUACAGGAUAGAUUAGAAAUCCCUAAAUCCCCAACACUUCUCUCUCUCUCUCUCAUCUCAGCCGCUGUUCUCUCUUUCUUUCUCUAAUUCAAACCCCAUCUCAGCCCAUCUCUCUUUGUUGUCGGAGUUCAACGGAGGUAAGGCUUGGGAAAUGGCUGAGCUCGUCUUCCUUGUAUGAUUCGGCGAAGGGAAACCCAUGGACGGCUGUCGUCGGGGUUCAGCAGAGCUAGGCUCGAUGCUUGGCUAAGUUCAUCUUCGUCGUGCGGCGGAGAAGGGCUACGCAUGGAUGGUGUGAGGUCUUGGGACAAAGAGGACGACGCACAGACCGAUGGACAUCUUCCUUUCUUUGUGUGACCUUUUUUUUUUUUUUUGUAAUGCACUUUUAUUCUGUUUUUGAGUGAGAAACUGGGGAUCGAGACGAGUACAACCGCAGUCCAUUCCGACCGAAACUUGGAUGUAUCAUCAUCCCUUCGUCAAACUGUGAGAGACUGACCCAAAUCAACUGCCACAAUUAGGCCGACUGACCCACGUCAUCAUCUGUAUGUGUCCCCUUCCCUCUUCAAUUUCAGCUAAUAAGAUCGGGUUAUCAUCGUAAUCUAAUCUAUCGAGUUAUCAAUUGAUUUUGCAAUCGGGCCAUAUAACCAAAUAUAUAUAUCAUGAGAGGCGUAUAUGGCGGAAGUCGGAUUUGGCACACAUUUACAUUGACCAGAAAUUUCUGUUCACGACACUUUUCUAGCAAACUGUUUAUUGGAGGUCUUUCUUUUGAUACAAAUGAACCUGUUUUAAAGGCUGCUUUUGAACAACAUGGUGAUAUACUAGAAGUUAAAGUAAUAUGUGACCACAAGAGUGGAAGAUCAAAAGGGUAUGGAUUUGUACACUUUACUUCUGAAACUGCAGCCACCACAGCACUUCAAGAAAUGGAUGGUCAGUUACUGGACGGCAGGAAUAUUCGGGUGCAAUUUGCACACAAGGGAUAACAGCAUGAAUUCAAGGAGGAACAAAGGUUUGGAAGGGUGGCAGAUUGCAUUUCUUUAUUCAACUUUUGACAAUGAACAAUGCUAUGUUAGUUUUCCUUGUUUGCUAUGUGAGGGAAAAUAUGUGGAUGUUUUUGUUCCAACAUUUUCUGAUAAAUCCAACUUUCAUAAUAACAUACUGAUAUUUUGAUUUGGGGACCUAACAA